GUUUCGCAAACACGCGACUCACCACAGUUUAGUAUUGCAACCAACGAUCUACGCGACACCAGCCCCCUCCCCCCCCCCCUCCCGGCAAACUUCACUUCGUUGCUUUGUCAGCUCGACACGGAGGGACCUCUCAAGCUCUCACCUAAAUCGACCGCAAACCGUCUUCUUCUUUCCCACAGCACCUGUCUUUUUACAUUUGCAUGUAAUCCAGCGGCCUUUUGUUUUCCUUCCUUCUGCUACCUGAGGAAAUGUGCGCUCAGGUAACGUGCUCGCUGGCGAAGCGCAAGGAGCAGCCGAUCCACGUCAUCGUCGCACUGGCGUCGCCGUCGUGGAACCCGGCCGACGCGCCUGUUACCCCGUACGUCGAUGAUGACGUGAUUGCCUCGGAGGAGGAGCUCCGUGCGUGGUCGGAGCUGGAACGGCCAGAGACGCCGUCGCGCACCAGCCGGUCAAGUGGACUGCCAAAGCGCUACCAAGGCGUUCUGCAGGAGCGCUACAUUCUGAUAAUAUUGGUGCUUGUUAUUCUGCUCUUCAUCGCCGCUUCGUUCCAGACGGACACCAAGACCGAGUUAGAAGAGAUCAAGCGCAUGUACCACGUGGAUGAGUCCAUACAACCUGUUCCUCACAGAAAGUAUACACAGAAAAGUUGA